AUAGCGGAAGAGGUGUCGCCCGGGCGCAGGCCAGAGUUUGGCGCGAAGCCCUGCGCGGGACUUCUGGGAGAGGAAAAUGACAGCCCCAGGCUUGCGGCCGAUCACCCGCAAGCUACUGGAGCUUAUCGGGGCGUUGCGGCGCGUGAACCGAGCUUGCAGCACGUUCCAGACCUUCGCGGAAGUUCUCAGGCUGCCCAAGACACAAAUGACGAAGCUCGCGUUCCCACUACAGGAACUCCAGCGGCACCUCACUCCAGACGCGAGGUUGGACCUUCACGUGAAGAUCUUCGACCCGAGCUUGGAGGACAUCUCCAAGGCGGAGAGCGUCUUCACGGCCACCGGCCGCAACCGCAUCGAGUACCUCAGCUCCGCGGUGCGUCUCGACCACGCCCCAGACCUCGCCCACCCCGAGGUGUGUUUUAUAGGCAGAAGCAAUGUUGGAAAAUCCUCUCUAAUAAAAGCCUUAUUUGCCCUGGCUCCAGAGGUUGAAGUCAGAGUCUCCAAGAAACCGGGGCACACAAAGAAAAUGAAUUUUUUCAAAGUUGGAAAAUAUUUUACAUUGGUGGACAUGCCAGGUUAUGGUUAUAGAGCUCCCGAAGAUUUUGUUGACAUGGUAGAGACCUAUCUAAAAGAACGAAGGAAUUUGAUGAGAACAUUUCUGUUAGUGGAUAGUGUUGUCGGAAUUCAAAAAACCGACAGUAUUGCCAUAGGAAUGUGUGAAGAAUUUUCAUUACCUUAUGUGAUGGUAUUAACAAAAAUUGACAAAUCUUCCAAGGGACAUCUUUUAAAACAAGUACUUCAGAUCCAGAAAUUUGUUGACAGUGAAACACAAGGAUGUUUUCCUCAGUUGUUUCCUGUAAGUUCCGUGACCUAUUCUGGAAUCCAUCUGUUGAGAUGCUUUAUAGCAGAUAUAACAGGGAAUCUUAAGACUGAUGGCUUUGGCCAACUGCAGUUGAAUACCUAGAAUUUCAACAUUGUUUUAAAUGUUGUGUAUCUGUAAUUUGCAGAAGGAACAUUUCAACUUUAAAACCUGCAUCUUUCCAAAGCACAAAUGAAUUUGUGCUGGGGAAAAAGAUCUUGUAAAUAAUUAAAUUGUGCAGUUCAUUAGAACAGAUACCCUUCUUAUUUUAACAGCGUUUCUGUUUUAACAAACUGACAAACAAGAGCAUAUAGAAGUCCAUAAUAUGAAAACCUAUUUACUACUAUGUAGAGAAUGGUUUUUAUUGGGCUUUUGUCUUUUAAAGAAAAUGUCUGUUAUGUAUAUUUAAGUAUUAAAAUGGACUAGGUAAAAAGGGGCUACUUUUCUGUUGAGCACUUUCAGGUAGAUGGAAGAUAAAUGCUUCUCUCUAUGCCUAUAAUUAGUCUUUUUUCCGAGUCCUUAUUUGAAUAUAAAAUAUUCUUGAUAAAAUUUCAGUCAGUCCAUGCUGAAAACAUCAGUCUUUUCAGACUGGGAUCAUUCACCUUCAAGUGAACAGAGGAUUCAGAAACAGAAGAUCAGAAUUUAAGUACCAGUUCUAGUAUUUAUUAGUUUGGGCUUUGGGCAAAUUACUUGAUUUCUCUUCCCUUAAUUUAUAACUCACAAAGCUACAGAGAUUAAAAUGGUAUUGUACGUGUAAAGAAUAUCUGUAUACUCUAUAUAUCUGUAAAGUGAAACCAAUGAAGAAUACAGCAAAAUUCAGAUUUAUCACAGAAAGCCUCUUGUCAUAGAGGAGGUAACAUUUUCUCUACUGAAAGACAAAAACCAAGAACUAGUUUUAAGUGAGAACACUGAUAUUUGCAAAAGGGAGAAGAAAAAAGUUGAUGGACCAGUGUAGAAUUGGUACAGUAAGGUUCAGAAUGGAAAGAUAAAGCCUUACUUUGAGCUAAAGUUAACAGAAAAAUUUUUUAUGAAGAUGCUACUGACCUGCUCGUGUAAGUGGCAUAGCUUUUCAAUGUGAGGCUGAAUAUUAAGAUUAUAGCAGUAGCCCUGGUUAAAAACUAAGUCUGUAAACAAGUUUGUGGCUUUUUUAGGGAAUUCAAUUAUGAAUAUAUUUUCAGUUUUAUAAUUGAUAAUCCUGGUCUAUUCUAACCACCAGUGUUUUAAGCUGAAAGAAACAAAAAACUUUAUGUAGGCAUUCACAAAGUGAAAUAUAUGGUGACAGUAGAACAAUCUUAGAAGUCAUCAUUUUGCCUGCCAGUAUUACUUUACUCCUUAUCUUAGCCUUGGUUCUCCUAAAAGCAGAGCCCAAGACAAGUUUGCAUACAGUCGUUUAUUUGGCAAGUGACCCCAGGGAAUAGGAGUGAUGGAAAAAGGAAAGAGAAGAAAGGAAAGUCAACCAAUGAUGCAAGAGUUGGACAUCACAUAGGUACUAGUCUUGAUCUUGAGGCACCUUUUGGGGAGACUUAGGAAACGUGCCUCUGUGUUGCCUUUGAAGUGGGGAGAAGGUGGCUCCACACUUCUUCCAACUUGUGCAUGCCUAAGUGCCAAGCAGUUCCUGCAACUUGUCAGGAGCAUGACAGAGGUCUCUGGAACAUCAUGCAAAGUGCAGUUGUCCACUCCUACUGGAAACUGGUGGCCACAGGAGGAUUUGGUAAGGCCAAGAGGAUUUGGGCAUGGGAGGUCUCACCACAGUGCUCUUAUGAAUGAUCUAAGUGUUUUAAUGCUACCAGAGGGGUAAAACCGGUAUUCACGAUGACACUAACAGUAUUUUUUUUUUCUUUUUUCGUUGGGGUAUGGAGACCAGAGGGAGAGGGAAAAUACAGAACUUUAA